CAGAGCAGAGAACAAGAGGAGGAGAAAGUGUACAUGCUACAUGACUAGUGUUUACACAGACUUGAUAAAAACACGGAAGUGCCUACUAGUUUCGACCAAUCAGACUUAUGUGCUCUUGACAAAGCUAACACUUCCUUCUUUGUGCAACCCAUCAGAUCAAACUAUGAUCAUGAAUUUAUUUCUCUGACAGUCUCUGGAAACAGCUGUCUGACAAUCUUCUCACAUAACACAGUAAAACCAACAUCUGUUUGAAACUACAUAACAAAACAAGCCAAACUGUUUCACUUCUGUUUGAGACACAUGAGAGUUUCAUCUGGUCUGUAGGUUGUUCUUGCGCUGUAGAUCAAACACGUCUUAAACUCGCUGACAUUUUAUUCCACUCAUAGUAAAACUACUGGGAUAGUAAUAGUCUGUAGCCACCACCUCCAGAACCAUUCCAUUUGUGGGGUUUGACUCGUUUUCUCUUUUGUUCACCUGUUGUCAGGUUUCCCCAAAGAAACCAAUCCACAGUGGUUUACACUUCCUAACUGGACAGAUUGAUAUCCCUGAAAUUUAACUGUGUCAUACUUUGUUUGACGGAAGUGUUUUAUUUUUAGAGAGUAAGGCAGUAUUUUUUGCCAUCAAUUACACUGGAUUAUUAAGCUUUGGCUCACUGGGACCUCCAUGCAUGACUCAAUCUGUGACAAAGUAAAAGCAGGUUUCAGAUUCUUUGAUGCAACACAUUCAAGCUGUCAGUGUUUCUUCUUAUUCUAUAAUUCCUUAGUUUAAACAUAGAUAUUUAUUCACUGAAUCUGUGAAAUCUGUACAGUUGUUCACUCUAUUUAGAGGUCAUUUACAUCAGACUCUGUACUGUUUGUUCAGUUUCUUUCACUGAAACAUCUGCAGGCAAUGGAUCCAGAUGUGCUUUCCACACUUGUGCAAGUAAACUAAUCUGCAGUAAAGUUUCUGUGAUGAUCCACUGUAAUUGGCUGUUGUGAAAGUGGACUGUCACUUUCUAACAGGAGCUACAAAACCUAAUCCGGCCUUUUUAAAGCCUGAGAUCAGACUGACUUGUGGUUGCACAGAAAAUUUUUAUUAUUCUAUUUAGCCGCUGACUGUUUUCAUGUGCUGAUCCUUAAUGUGUCACCCAUUCGGUAAUCCAAUGCAUGCGUCACUUAACCUUCUGCUUUGGUUAAGGUGACAUGGCGAGCAAAGAGUAACCUUAAAUGACCUUAAACAUGAGACAUCUCCGCAUUAUGUGGUGAAGUCUUUCAGAAGAAAGCAUCGCCAAAUGAGUUUUCUUUUGUGCUUUUUUCAUGGUCGCCGUCGUAUUUAAUGCAUUUUCAGUUUGGUAUGAAACAUUAACCACAUUUGUGCUGAAUCAGUUAUUCUAUGUGAUCCCAUUUUGCAUUGACAUUCCUUUAAGGGUUGUUUAAAGCUUCCAGGCUCCAUGUUGGAGGACAUUUGCACUGAAAGACACAGCAGCAUGAAUGUAUGUGGACUGGUGACUUUUCUCCUCCCCUCAACAGGCGGAGUUAGAGGGUGGGGAGUUAGAAGUCAUAUUGAAGGGGAAAGUGUGUCAUGUAACCAGAGAGAGAAAGGGAGACCAAACAUGGACUUAGGGACAGAGGGAAGGGGAAAGUUUUAUUCAGGGGGCUCAGGCUCAACUUUCCUAUUAGGACAAAAAUUAGUGAAAGUUGAUCUUAAAUUCUUAUUUUGUUAUUUAAUGAGGAGCACAAACCUUUAUUUGAAGCCUCUGUGAGAAGACAUACAACUGAAGUAAGUAGAUGAUGUUUACUUACAUUUUUGUUUAGUGUUAUAUGUAAAAAAAAAUGUUUUAUGUUAUUGUACCCCAAUUACAGCCUAACUUACCUGGAAGCAGUGGUCGAAAGCAGGCCAGGGUUGCCUUCACUGACUCCCUAUAGAGGAGAAGAUGAUCUGCAGGAUCCUCCUCAGCCUCGGCUCCUGUGUCUUUGGAUCAUUUGUAGUGAAUGUGACUCAGACCUCCUGUCAGGCAGAGGAGAACCACAACAUCACACUGGAGUGGACGUUCACAGUAGAAACAGGCAGAUCCUCCACAUAUCUAAACAUCUACUGUGAACUGAUAACUGAUGAUAAACUCUCAGUCCUGUAUCGUGUCCAUAAUGGUGUUGAAGUGUCAGAGUCUCAGGAUAAAAAGUUUUCAGGACGAGUUCAGGGUGACAAAGACGCCCUCAGAGAAGGACGAAUCAGACUCCAGCUGUGCAGACUCAGGACUGAGGACUCGGGUCAAUACAAGUGUAAAGUAAACACAGAUUAUGGCUUCAGCUCUGCGAGCUGUAGACUCAACGUCACUGCAGCUGCUGAUCAGAGAUCAACUUCACCACCACAAGAAGAGAGAAAGGACUGGAAGAUUAUUAUAAUUGUCCUGACAGCAGCAGCAGCAUUAUUAGCUCUGCUGGUGGUGUGCCCUUUACCUUGGGUCAUGCUGAGAAAGAAACAAAAGAGACCAAACUUCUAUGCAUUUGUAAAACUCCAUAAACUCUCAGGGACAGAGUCUGAAAACAAGCAUACUUCCUGCCUUUGACAUCUGCUUACUGUGUAAAUGGUUCGUAUAGAGCCCCUUUCUACUCUACUUGAGCACUCAAAGUACUUUAUACAGCAGGUCUCAUUCCCCCAUUCACAUUCAUGAAAACACUUUCUUAUAUCUCAAAGUGUUUUCUAUUUAACAUUCACACACUGAUGAACGCAUAAGGAGCAACUCAGGGUUCAGUAUCUUUCCCAAGGAUGAAGACUGGAGCAGCCAGGAAUCGAAUCAUCAA